AUUUUUCUCUUUCUUUCUUUUAUUCUUGUACAUAGACACCCCUUCCAUCCCUUUUUUAUUAUAAAAAGUUUGUUUAUAACAUGAUUGGGUUAUUGUUCAUCCUUGAGAUAAUCCUUCAUACGACCCUUGCUUCGUAUGUAUCUCAUCCAAAUAUUAAUCUCGAUUUACUUGGCAUAUCAGGAUCAUACAAUGGUAUUUCACUUUACACAGACACCAAUCAACUCACACAAAUACCAUCAUCUACUUCAUCCGUCAUCUCAUUUUCAAAUGACACUCUUUUUCAACUAUUGGCAUCCUCCAAUCUCAAUGGAACCAUUCAUGACAGCUGCAUCCUCUACAACUGGAUUUAUAUCGCCGGUAACUUUAGUACUAUCAACGGUGUCCAUGUCAACCAUAUUGCAGCAUUGGAUAUCCACACAGGUCAAUUGGAUACCUUGGCACAAGGAUUGGAUGGGCCUGUCAGUACAGUCUAUUGUGACGCCGAAACAAAGUCGGUCUUCGUAGGCGGAUCAUUCACAGCACCUGUCAGCACCAAUCAGCUCUCUUAUUCAGCUUCACUCGCUCAGUUUGGUGGAAGUAUCGCCGUUUGGAAUGGUAAACGGUGGACGGCUGUUCCUUGGAAAGGAGUCAACGGACCUGUACAUACAAUCCUUCGAUACAAACAGUCUAUGCUCUUUGCAGGCUCAUUUGAUACAACCAUGGAUGGUCAAACGUCUUACGCUCCAGCCAGUCAAAUCAUCCCAUUACCAAAAACUGGCGCAACUGCUAGCAAUUCGGCUUCAACUACAGAUGCAGCAUCAUCCAUCGUCUGUGCGGCUUCGACAAAUUCAAAUGCAUGGAUACUCAAAGAUGGUCAGACAGGAACAUGGCAAACAACUUUUGGUUAUUAUAGCGUCAAUCCUUCUCUUGUUCGAAUUGCAAAUUCAAGAUUGACAAAUCAUCAAACAAAGGAGUUUGGUGUUCGACCUAUUGACAAUGCGACUUACUUUCAAAUGGCUUAUUUGGAUCCUGCUUCAAAUACGACAAAAACUUGCACAACCAACUGUGUCCUUUCCAAUGACGCCAGUGUGGAAUAUCAGGACUUUCGUAUUUUAAACACAACGAUGACAAGUGGUAUAGCCAUUGAUGUCAAAUCCUGGUAUGGAUCAAGUGGUGGUCUAGCUUCUGUUUCUGUAUUUCAGUCAGAAAACUUCAUUUAUGCUAUUGACACCAGUGCAGAAAAUACUCCUUGCGGUAAUAACACACUGAAGAGAGUCGAAACCAAGGGUUCUUGGACGAGAGUCAAUGACGGAGGCCUUGCUUAUUACGCCUCUAACGCAACCAAUGACUCGUCCGUCAUCUUUUAUCCCGGUUUAGCCGAAUCAGGCAAUUACGACGUUUAUAUCUAUUUACCUCAGUGUUCUGGCACCAGCUGUAAUGAUAGAGCCGAUUUAGAUGUUCACAUAUACACUUCAGCUGGUCAAAAUGCAACAGUAACGUACGUAGAUGCUAGUUCAAACGCACAGGACGGUUUCUUCCUUUCCUCCGCUUACUUUAAUCUUUCUUUGGAUUUUCAACCUACCAUUGAGAUCACCACGGCUCAUAAUGCGACAAAGACCGGAUCGAUCAUAGCCCAUGCGUUUCAAUUUGUGAAGAAUCCGUCCAGGGGUGCACUAUCAAAUAUCAUUCAGUACAAUACAACAGCAGAGUUACAAUGGGGAGCUCUAUCAACAGAACUUGCAUCAAACUCAGUCGUGAUUGACAUAAAGGAAUAUCAGGGCAGCCUUUACAUUGUCGGCAACUUCAAAGGAGCUGAUUCAUCUAAUGGAGUAUACAAUAAUAUUGUUCAGUACGAUUCAGGUAAACUCAAGGCAUUAAAGAGCGGAGGCACGAACGGACCCAUCGAAUCAAUUGCGAUCGCUCCACAAACAGGCGAGAUCUUUGUUGCUGGAAACUUUAGUGCGCUCGCUUCAUCCAAUACGACCCAAAUUUCAAGUGUAGGACGAUACAGUGUAAACCAAGCAGCAUGGAAUCCGCUAGAAGGAGGUAUUCAAGGUGUUGCUCACAAAGUCAGCUUGAUAAACGGUCAUGUACUUGUGUCGGGAGAAAUAGAAAAGAUUUCGAGUAUGAGUGCCUUUGGCGUUGGAUGGUGGAACAUUGGAAAAGCAACUUGGGACCACGACAUGCCAUUCUUAUCUGGAACGGUUUACUGCACACUCGAGUAUGACAAUAAGUACUACUUUUCUGGAAGCAUCCAUGCUGCACAAAGAUACCAGUCCUUUGGAUUGUCUCUUUUUAAUGCUACUGUCUUGUCACAAUUACCAUUUUAUCCUCUUGAUCAGCAGCCGGUUGUCACUGCCGGAGCCGUCAUCAACAGCACCAUCAUCCUCGGUGGUCAGUUCACGCUUCCGGGCAAUAUAAAAAACAUUGCCUUGUACCAAAACUCUAGUUGGCGAGGGGUAGAAGGAUCAGACUGGAAGGGUGCCAUUUACUCCAUGGUGGCACAUCAAGAUAUAUUGUACGUCGGCGGUGAAUCUUUAGGGCAAGCAGGCAAGGCCUUUGCCGCCUUUGGACUCACCAACGGAUCGUUGAUGCUUUCCCCAAACAUCACGACGAGUGAUGGUUCGAAUGCGAGCGUGAGUAUCGUUCGUUCUGUACCUGCUCAAAAUGCAAUUAUUGUCGGUGGUCACUUUAGUUUGGUCGGUGAACUCGGUUGCUCUACCGUCUGUGCAUUAAACACAAGAAAUCAUCAGUGGUUGCCACUGGGUUCGGGUCUAGCCGGACAGGUGACAGAUAUCGAAUAUAUCGAUGGCAAACUUGUGGCGACGGGCAAUAUGACUCUGAAUAGCUCACCGAUUACUAUUGCCGAAUACGAUUUUGAGAGGCAAGUGUGGGGUCCAUUUGCGACGGCGAACCUGCCUGGUCCCUCGGUUGCCAUGACUUAUGACAAUGUCACAAAGCACACCUUCAUCUCUGGAAAGGACAGUACGAACGGUUCAACCUAUCUCAGAGUCUGGAACGGUCAGCAGUUCAAUCCGAUUGAUCAAGGCUUAGGGUCUGGUAGUGUCAUAUCUAGAAUGUACUCACUGCCUGUGAAAAACACGACACAGAACACAUUGUUGGCCACAGGACUCAUCAACCUCGGUUCAUUGGGCAAUGUCAGCGCUGCCUUCUUUGAUGGUCAGCAGUGGACCCCUUAUUUGGUCACAUCAAGUGCAUCUGCCGAUGGAUUCCUUAGGAGCUUGUUUUAUUUCGAUAUACCAAGCAUACCGUCUACCAUCAGACGAUUCUUGCCUGCUCCGCUUGUCAUUCUUGUAUCGAUUGCUAUAUCUUUAGGUAUCGUUUUCUUCAUUGUGCUUGCUACCAUGUGCAUCAUCUUCUUUAAGCGAAAGGCCGAAUCCAAGGUAGAUCCUCAAAAUGCUCCAGAGGCAUACUACAGUAAACCACCUCGAUCGGCAGAUUCGGUGCUUGCAGCACUUAAAGAUGAAAACAACAACAAUCCCAACUACUCUGCAGAGAAAUUAGAUACACUUGAACCUGAGGCACAGAUUUACAGUAUGUCUCGAUCUAUCAGCACCGAUUACCUUCAUGAACAACCUCCUACACCUGCCAUGAUGAAACCAACCGCUCUAUCCCCUGCACCACCCAAGGCCCCUUAUAACAUGAGCACCAACAGUUUUUAUCAAGGUCUUACACCUAGUCCACGUCCAGACUCUUUUGUGAGGCCGAUGAGUGAUAUCCGAAGAGACUCACAGCCAUCUUCGAUGACUGUAAGGGAGAUGUCUGAGGUUGACGAUGAUCGACGAGGCUCCUAUAAUCCCUUUCGAAGGCCAUCCUCUGAAUUAUUAUAAAAACAUACACGUGUGAUGAAGUUAAUGCUAUUAUAUACAUACACUUUUAACCUUAAUACAUAAUGCUUUCUUUGUUCAUUUUAUUAAAAUCAUAUAAAACUACUCCUCUUAUAUAUAUACAAUGCUAUGUUAUGCAGUCAAUCUAGACAU